CAGGCGCCUUCUGCGGCGGGCGGACCGACUCCUCGGCGCUGCGGGGCCGGGGCAAGCUGGACGCAGCAUGAUGCGCGCAGUGUGGGAGGCGCUGGCGGCGCUGGCGGCGGUGGCGUGCCUGGUGGGCGCGGUGCGCGGUGGGCCCGGGCUCAGCAUGUUCUCAGGCCAGGCAGCGCAGCCCGACCCCUGCUCGGAUGAGAACGGCCACCCGCGCCGCUGCAUCCCCGACUUUGUCAACGCGGCCUUCGGCAAGGACGUGCGCGUGUCCAGCACCUGCGGCCGGCCCCCGGCGCGCUACUGCGUGGUGAGCGAGCGCGGCGAGGAACGGCUGCGCUCCUGCCACCUCUGCAACGCGUCCGACCCCAAGAAGGCGCACCCGCCAGCCUUCCUCACCGACCUCAACAACCCGCACAACCUGACGUGCUGGCAGUCCGAGAACUACCUGCAGUUCCCGCACAACGUCACGCUCACGCUGUCGCUCGGCAAGAAGUUCGAGGUGACCUACGUGAGCCUGCAGUUCUGCUCGCCGCGGCCCGAGUCCAUGGCCAUCUACAAGUCCAUGGACUACGGGCGCACGUGGGUGCCCUUCCAGUUCUACUCCACGCAGUGCCGCAAGAUGUACAACCGGCCGCACCGCGCGCCCAUCACCAAGCAGAACGAGCAAGAGGCCGUGUGCACCGACUCGCACACCGACAUGCGCCCGCUCUCCGGCGGCCUCAUCGCCUUCAGCACGCUGGACGGGCGGCCCUCGGCGCACGACUUCGACAACUCGCCGGUGCUGCAGGACUGGGUCACGGCCACUGACAUCCGCGUGGCCUUCAGCCGCCUGCACACGUUCGGUGACGAGAACGAGGACGACUCGGAGCUGGCGCGCGACUCAUACUUCUACGCCGUGUCCGACCUGCAGGUGGGCGGCCGCUGCAAGUGCAACGGCCACGCUGCCCGCUGCGUGCGCGACCGCGACGACAGCCUGGUGUGCGACUGCAGGCACAACACGGCCGGCCCGGAGUGCGACCGCUGCAAGCCGUUCCACUACGACCGGCCCUGGCAGCGCGCCACGGCCCGCGAGGCCAACGAGUGCGUGGGUGGAAGCUACAGGAUGCCCCAACUGGUCAGCAGGACAGACCCUCUCAUCCCACCUACAGCCUACCCAUCGGGCUACCUGAAUCAGAAACUUCCAGGGCCGGGGCUCAGCCAUCUGGGUUUUGCCUGUAACUGUAACCUGCACGCCCGGCGCUGCCGCUUCAACAUGGAGCUGUACAAGCUGUCGGGGCGCAAGAGCGGGGGCGUCUGUCUCAACUGCCGCCACAACACGGCCGGCCGCCACUGCCACUACUGCAAGGAGGGCUACUACCGCGACAUGGGCAAGCCCAUCACCCACCGCAAGGCCUGCAAAGCCUGCGAUUGCCACCCCGUGGGCGCGGCCGGCAAGACCUGCAAUCAGACCACAGGCCAGUGUCCCUGCAAGGAUGGCGUGACGGGCAUCACCUGCAACCGCUGUGCCAAGGGCUACCAGCAGAGCCGUUCUCCCAUCGCUCCCUGCAUAAAGAUCCCGGCGGCACCACCGACCACGGCCGCCAGCAGCGUGGAGGAGCCGGAAGACUGUGACUCCUACUGCAAGGCCUCCAAAGGGAAGCUGAAGAUUAACAUGAAAAAGUACUGCAGGAAGGGCUAUGCGGUCCAGAUCCACAUCCUGAAGGCGGACAAGGCAGGCGACUGGUGGAAGUUCACGGUGAACAUCAUCUCCGUGUACAAGCAGGGCACGAGCCGCAUCCGCCGCGGGGACCAGAGCCUGUGGAUCCGCUCGCGGGACAUCGCCUGCAAGUGUCCCAAAAUCAAGCCCCUCAAGAAGUACCUGCUGCUGGGCAACGCGGAGGACUCGCCCGACCAGAGCGGCAUCGUGGCGGACAAGAGCAGCCUGGUGAUCCAGUGGCGGGACACGUGGGCGCGGCGGCUGCGCAAGUUCCAGCAGCGCGAGAAGAAGGGCAAGUGCAAGAAGGCCUAGCGCGGAGGCAGCGGCGCGCCGGGCCGGCGGGCGGGGCGGGGGGCCGAGCGGGCUU